AUGGCAGUCCCCCGCCCCGUUGUCCAAAGCCUUCUCGCCUCGCCUCCAGCGCUCCGCACGGUGAUAGCUCGGGAUAUAUUUGGCGUCGGCGUGACCAGACCUUUGACGGCGAUAACAGCACGCGAGAAUCUCACGCUUAUUGUUAGAAAGAGAAGGAGCAGGAUUCGAUCGUACGCUGCAGAAUCCCUACCCGGCGGUUUUCCAAGGGGAACGAGAUUUCUGUCAUCUUCCACUGCGACUGCGACCCCCGAAUCUUCACGUCCAUCACCGUCUGCCCCGAAUCUCGAUCAAACGUCUGCUCCUCCGCCCCGAAGGUCGAUAUUGCGACGUCUCCUCACCACUACUGGACUUUUCGUUGUCUUCUUCACAGCUGGCUUUGCGAUGGCUGCAACACCUGCCGCCGAGGCCGUCAAUGGCUUCGUCAAUCCUCCCACCGACGCCGAAACCCUCGACCUCUUCGAACCGGCAACACCCACCGUCGCCGAGAUCAACGAAUACAUUGUAAACCAUCCACUGUCAAAGAAGUUGCGGGCACAAGAAGGCAUGACGGAGGCCAGACCUCAUCUCAAGAUCCCACCUGCGAUGCGUGAACACAAUCUUACUGGCGGAACUUUGUUGGGUCCCAACAAGAUUGAAGUUCCCCCUCUUACUUUCAAUGAGAAGAGUGCGGAGCUACCGAAGCUUGUACAGAUUUCACGAUUGGGUCCGGGCCUUUGUGGACAUCCGGGUAUCGUUCAUGGUGGGUUGCUGGCUACGAUGCUGGAUGAGGGUUUGGCACGUGCUUGUUUCCCUGCUCUGCCGAAUAAGGUCGGCGUGACGGCGAGCCUCAAGAUCGAUUACCGAUCUCCUUGCCCUGAGAACAGCUAUGUGGUUCUCAAAGCUGAGACAACCAAAGUGGAAGGCCGGAAGGCCUGGGUCAAGGGGCGGAUUGAAACGUUGGGAGACGACGACACUACGGGCACCCUUCUGGUUGAGGCAGAGGCGCUCUUCAUUGAGCCAAAGCAGGCCGCGAACAUGGCGAGGGUUUACAGCAGCCAGUAA